UACUUUUAAAAGCCUCACACAUGUAGUGUGCAUCGUGGUCGUGACACUCAUCAGAUUCUUUUACUGGUAAAGGAAGAUAAACUCAGAACAAAAUGGGUUGGAGAGGAAUACUGGGUUUUGAAUAUGGUAUAGUUCAGGCACCAUUAGGCCCUGAUAUCUCUGGUCCUCAACUUGUAGCUGCAGUUGCCAAUGCUGGUGCUCUUGGUCUUCUUAGGGCCCCUGAUUCGGAAUCGCCGGAUUAUUUGAGGGGACUCAUAAAGACGACUAGGACCUUAACUGAUAAACCUUUCGGGGUUGGUGUCGUGCUAGCCUUUCCCUUUGAGGAGAAUUUGAAGGUCAUUCUGGAAGAAAAAGUUGCAGUCUUGCAAAUUUCCUGGGGUGAUUGUACAAGGGAGUUAGUAGAUAAGGCUCACGCCGCUGGGGUUAAAGUUGUUCCUCAAGUUGGAAACAUUGAAGGUGCAAAACAGGCAAUUGAAGCAGGUGUCGAUGGGAUAAUUGUACAAGCACUUGAAGCCGGUGGUCAUGUAAUGGGUCAGGAUAGUCUAAUUACAUUGGUGCCAAGGGUGGUCGAUCUGGUUGGUGACCGAGAGAUACCAGUUAUUGCAGCUGGAGGAAUUGUGGAUAGUCGGGGUUAUGUUGCUGCUCUAGCCCUUGGUGCUCAAGGCGCCUGUUUAGGCACCAGGUUUGUGGCAACUGAGGAAAGCAAUGCUCAUUCCACAUACAAAAGAAAAUUGGUUGAAUUUGAUGAGACUGCAUACACGGAUGUGUUUGGGAGGGCAAGAUGGCCUGGUGCUCCUCAUCGUGUCUUGCAGACACCUUUCUAUAAGGAAUGGAGAUCGCUUCCGGCACACGAAAACGAAGCCAACCAACCCAUCAUUGGCCAUUCAACAAUUAAUGGCGUGGACAAAGAUAUACGACGUUUUGCAGGUACUGUUCCAAACGUGACAACUACAGGAGAUCUCGAGAGCAUGGUGAUGUUUUCUGGCGAAGGUGUUGGUCUCAUCAAGGAAAUUCUGCCUGCUGGAGAAGUGGUAAAGCAGCUAGUUGAAGGAGCACAGCUUAUAAUACAGCAAAACUUAAACUAGAUUGUCAAAUGUCGAGUGAGAGAGCAUGCUUAAAUUCUGUACAACGGUUGUGGCUUGGAAUAAAAAUAAGUGUGCCAGUUUCAAGACAAGUAUAUAAUAAAAAUUUCGUUUUUCCA